AAAAAAAAAAAAACUCGGACGCAGACUUGUCGCCUUUAAUUAAUUUUUUAAUUCUUUUUUUUCGGGUGACUUCAAACGGAGAAUUCAGGUUCCAGAGCAGCCUGUUAGCUAUGUGUAUUUGCGGCCAGAAAGCGAUUUCAAGCGUUUCCAGAUUCCACUGUGGGACUCUUUCCUGGUUCGAGUGCUGCCACGGAAACAUUAGCUAACACACACUAGCCCAGAACAGCGUCCUCCCGUUUUAUUUACUCAAUAAUAUCAACUAAAACACCCCCUUUUUUUUCUUCUUCCUACCCCCUCACCGAGGCAACUUAUCUCCAAAGGCAAAUCACCGUCAGAGCGAAUAGUUCUGCAGGAGCUCGCCUGGAGUCAAACUUUUGUCCCGUUUGGAGCUGAUCCGAUUGAUUUGGAUCGUUUAUUAUUAUUAUUAUUAUUUUUUUUUUUUGUCUGGUUGAGCUGAGGGAGAAACAGCAAGCAGCCAUGUCGGGCCAGUCCAUCACGGAUCGGAUCGCCGCGGCGCAGCACAGCAUGACCGGCUCUGCCAUCAGCAAGGCGGUGUGCAAAGCCACGACGCACGAAGUGAGCGGACCCAAGAAGAAGCACCUGGACUAUCUGAUCCACUGCACCAAUGAGAUGAACGUGAACAUUCCCCAGCUGGCAGACACUCUCUUCGAGCGAACAGCCAACUCAAGCUGGGUGGUGGUCUUCAAAGCCCUCAUUACCACCCACCAGCUCAUGAUGUACGGCAACGAGCGCUUCAUCCAGUACCUGGCCUCCAGGAACACUCUCUUCAACCUGAACAACUUCUUGGACAAGGGUGCUCUGCAAGGUUACGACAUGUCGACCUUCAUCAGACGAUACAGUCGCUACCUGAAUGAGAAGGCCAUGUCCUACAGACUGGUGGCUGUGGAUUUCACCAAGAUGAAGAGAGGGGUUGACGGCGUCAUGCGCACCAUGAACACGGAGAAGCUGAUCAAGACGCUGCCCAUCAUCCAGAACCAGCUGGACGCUCUGCUGGACUUCCAGGCCAAUCCCAACGAGCUGACCAACGGAGUGAUCAACUCGGCCUUCAUGCUUCUCUUCAAGGACUCCAUAAGACUCUUUGCUGCUUACAAUGAAGGAGUCAUCAACCUGUUGGAGAAGUACUUCGACAUGAAGAAGAACCAGUGUAAAGACGCCCUGGACAUCUACAAGAAAUUUCUUUACAGGAUGACAAAGCUGUCGGAGUUCCUGAAAGUGGCCGAGCAAGUUGGAAUAGAUCAGGGUGACAUCCCAGAUCUCUCACAGAAGACUAAAGGAUCAUACAUUGCCCCCAGCAGCCUCCUGGAGGCUCUGGAGCAGCACCUGGCCUCUCUGGAGGGCAAGAAGACAAAGGAGUUGAAUGCAGACGCAAGAGCGUCCACCCUGUCGAGUGCCGUCUCAUCUCUGUCCUCCACUGGCAUGUCCUUCAGCCGCAUGGACGAGAAGGAGAAGCAGCAGGCCCUGGAGGAGGAGCAGGCGCGGCUGCAGGCUCUCAAGGACCAGCGCCUGAAGGAGAUCAGCAUGCAGACCCCACCCUCUGCCUCCCCCAGCAGCCAGUCAGUCGGCAGCGCCAACAACAACAACCACAUCACACAGACCCCGGAGCUGUUCGGCUCCGCGCUGAACGCAAACAGCGUACCCAACCUGAAUAGCGACCUGUUUGAUCUCCAGCCGGCCUUCAUCCCCGCUGUGCAGAGCACUCCUUCCAUCUCCAACGCCAACAGUGCCUGGGGAGGACUGGAGAGCCAGCCACUGCAGCAGACCACCCCGGCCAUGACUGUAGAUUUCGAUGCCGUGUUUGGGAAUAAGUCCACACCCAGUAACAACGGCCCACAGCCUGCAGCCGGUUUCGACGCUCUCGGAGACCUGUUAAAGCCCACAGUCACCGCGCACACCGCACCACCUCCUCCUCCUCCUCAAAUGGCCAUCCAUCCCGGAGGAAAGCUGCUAGCCAAUGACCUCGACUCCUCUCUGGCCAACCUUGUGGGCAAUCUGCAGUUUGGUGGAACUGGAGCCAAAAAUUUGUCCUACAACAGGCCAGAGAUGCAGUGGAACCAGGCUGGGGAGAAGAAGCUAACCGGUGGCCAGAACUGGCAAAAUAAGACCAUGUCAACCACGCAGUGGGGCCCUGCGCCCAUGGCUCCACAGCCCAUGCCUGUGCCACAUGUGAAUGGAAUGUUCUAUACUAGUUAUGCUCCAGCGCCAAUGGCUUUCCCCAUGACCACACCACAAGUGCCUGUGUAUGGAAUGGUCCCUCCCCAGAUGGCUCAGAUGGGUGGGGUACCUGUGAUGGCUCCACAGCCAAUGAUGUACAACCAGCCUGUUCUCAGACCCACCAACCCUUUCGCGCCCAUGCCUGGAGCCCAGUAUGGAUGGUCCUCCAUUUCAACAGAAAACGAUGCAGUUUAUGUAAUCCAUUCAGGAGGAAGCUGAGUGCCAAAAGCGACAAACAGCAGAAGAAGUUCAGGAGAGGAUGAUCGAACGGAGGGAGGAAUGAAGAGACACACAGACAAGAUAACCGACAGACACCAAAACAGAGGACAAGGAGGAGACGAUGAGGGGUGGAGGAGUGG